AUGGCAGAAGGUAGGAACGAUCGUGCAAUCACUGAUGCUCUACAAGCGAUGGCUCAGGCUCUUGGUAAUUUGAACCAACGACCAGAGAUAGAUUGGUUGGAGAGAUUCAAGAGAAAUAGUCUGCCAAGCUUCCAUGGAGGUUAUAAUCUUGAUGGAGUUGCUGACUGGAUUUUUGAAGUUGAAAAAAUAUUCCAAGCUAUGGGAUGUCCUUUGAUACAGAAGGUGACUUUGGCUGCCUUCAUGCUUUCUGGAGAGGCUAGCAUUUGGUGGCAAGGUGCUUUGCAAAGAAUGAUAGCUACAGGUACCCAAGUGAACUGGGAGAAUUUCAAGCAGCUAUUCUUGGAGAAAUACUUUCCCCGAGAUGUGAGACAUAAGAAAUAG